GUGGUCACCUCGGGCUUCCUAGCCCAGCGCGGCUGGACAGGAUGCUCGCGCGAUGCCAUGUCAGCGCGAUUACAGGCCGAGGGCGUGGACCGGCUGCGGCUUAUCGGGUUGCCCAAGCGCCACCCCGCCGACCCAGGGAAGAUCUUCUACGCGCAGGUUUCCAUUUACGGUGCCAGAGACGCGGGUCGGGACUGGCAUCAGCACCUGAAGGACUAUCUCGAGACGAAGGCCAUCUUAGAGCCCAAAUUGGAGCACGGGGUCUACAGACGGCACCCUGAAGGCGAGCUCAAGAUGGGCGCCCGCAGCCGCGUGGGCGACCUGCUCGUCGCCGGGCAGAUACCGAGAGCACAGUAUUCCGUUACACAGGCCAAGGCCAUCAAGGCAGCCGAGCAGAUCCGGCCAGCCCGAGACCGAAGGAAUAACCAAGACGAGUCGGCGAUUGCAGAGGAGUUGAGCACUUUUAGGAACAGAAGUGGUUUGCUCCAGAAGUUCGCCCACCAGUCCAGGCUGGACACCGCCUCCGAGCAGAACAGUCUGGCCCAGCGCGCGUCAGAUCUGAAGGUGAAGGACCUAAUCGACGCCAACAUGCUCGCGCAGCACGUGAAGGAGAACAUGGAGUGCGGACUGGCGGCCAGGAAGGGCGUAGUGGAUGUCAAGACGGCCGCGGUUCUGGCCCGCGGGGGCUCGCCCUUCGCCAACGCUCCCGGCGAGAAGGGCCAGGCUGGCGCAGUCUGGUGCUUGACCAAGGCGCUCCGAGACGUGGUGCGCGGCCAGUUCGACAAGCAGGUGCCCUUGGUGUGGGCAAGCUUUCGCGUGGAGAGAACGGCGCGAUUUAACCUGGUGGCCGAGGCCUACAGCAUCAGUGAAGCGAUAGGGCGCGGCCAGUUCCUGCGUCAAUUUCUUCGAGGGCUGCGUUCGCUUCCGGACACGAGGCCGAAGGAUAUCGAGAGCUCCUCCACCUCGAAGCACAUCUUCGCCGUGACCGGUAGUGACAACUUCAAGGUAACAGUGAACAAGCGCGCCGCGGACGCCGACCAGGUCUACGACCAGGAGUGGAUCGAGCACGACCAGGACUUCGAGCGCGACCAGACCUUCGAAGCUUUCAACCACGACUGGAACGACCUCGGCAAGGGUUGGCUUCCGCAGGGCGAUGGUUGCGUCAAGUAUCAUUUCAGCAGCUGCGAGACCGUGUUGAGCAACAAGUGGAGUAUGGCCAUGGUGUACCUCACGUGGCCGAUGAGGGCACUCAGAAUAUCAGUGGACAGCGCGCGCGAAGCAGGCCUGAUCCCAUUUAGGGCUUGCGAGCUUCAAGCUGUUCAAGAUCAUGCGCCACCAGGGCCGCAGCCUGAUGGGCAAGCACCGGCCCCGAACAUCGGGAAGCAUGAGACCAUCCUUGACGAGGCGAUCACCGGAGACAUCGCGAAUAAUCCAGAGGCCGCGGAAGCCAAGGUGCACUGCCAAGAGCCUGGGCUCUGCUGCAGGUUGAAGAAAGCCGAGGGGAUCAAGACUGUUCCGGAGGACUACGACUUCCAGACCAUCCGCGAGAAACGGGCCAGCGAAGGACUCUACAGUAUCCCGGCCAAAGCCAAAGUUCCGGAGAAGACAUUCAG